CCCAAGGAGUUGGUUACUUCUGCAUCUUCACAUCACAUUCUUCUUCUCUACCAAACGUUACAAAUACAAUACAAUACAUUAUUAUUCACCUGAAUGAGUGAACAACAGAAGCAAUUAUUACAUUACUCCUAUUUAACUAAACUAUUCCAGUUGACUUUUUUACACUCACAAAAGCCAAUACAAAACAAACGAGUGGGGCGUGUAAUCAAUUAAACGUUUCAUUCUUCUUUACACAUUCACAAAUCACUCGUAUAACCCGUUUCCCAUUUCCUCAUUCUUCCUUAAAAAGGACUAUGUAAUUUGGAUGAUUCAUGAAUUUAGAUUAAAUAUUGACUUGGGACAUAUAUGAAGUACAUAGACACCGGCACUAAUUUGAGAAAAUGGCAUAAUUGACUGCGUCGAUGUUGUUUCAGUGUUGGACACCGGACACACCUUCGAUCAGAAGUGUCGGUGCUGUAGAGCUUAGGGCUGAUUUAAGGAAAUAAAACUUUUCUAUUUUUUUUACAACUGUAUAGUGUGUGCUCUAUAAGACUAUAUGCAAUCUAUGAAGCACAUACACAGACACUAGACACGACACUGCUACAUAGACACCGGUAAUAGUUUAAGAAAAUGGAAGUAAUAGAAUGUAACUACACGUCUCCAUGUCAUGACUAACAUGUGUCGGACAACGAACACUCCUUCAAUUAUUAAAUCAUAAGUGUCAGUGCAACAUAGUAAUGCAAUUUGUUGUUUUAUUUAUCAAAUUGAAAUGCUUGUUGCCUUGACUGUGUGAUUAAUCAUUUCACUGUGUUUGUUUGAAUAAUCUCAAGUCCGGGGACUUCUGAUCCACUUUUGGUCCUAAAUAACAUAAGAGAAUGAGAAUGUGGGUAGUUGGUUUGAUUAAAUAACUGAAAAGAACUGCUUGAAGAAUGGGAGGUUGCUGUUGUUCUGCCAGAAAAACUCAUCUGCAUGGAACUCCAGUGUAUUACUAUUGCCCACCAAUUUUAGAAGAGCACGAUCCUUUGGCUUCUAAUGAUGCUGCAAACGAUUCUCUCACUGCUGGAUUACUGGUAGGCUUGAACGUGGAAGAAUCCACACCUGAUACUUAUCAGCCUCCUCCUGCACCUCUGCCUUAUGAUGUGGUCUUGGGAGUUCCAGUGUCAACAGACUCUGAGUCAGGCAAAGACACAGUUAGUGGUAGUAGUUUUGAAACUUUAGUUACAUGUGAAGAUAUUGAAGAAUCUGACCUUAAAGCUCAAGCUAAAUCUGCACCAAUAUCUCCAACCAAGGCAGAACUGUGGAAAUCAAAUGAACUUCAUGCAUUGGUGAUAGAAGAAGAGGACGGCUGUCCAAUUUGCCUUGAAGAAUAUGAUGUUGAGAAUCCUAAAACUCUUUCAAAAUGUGAACACCACUUUCACCUGGCUUGCAUUCUUGAGUGGAUGGAAAGAAGUGACUCUUGUCCUAUAUGUGAUCAGGAGAUGAUAUUUGUUCAAGAACUGGACUAGUUUGGUUAUUUCAAAAGAAAAGCUUGCUAAAUACAUGAAGAAUAACUAGUUUGAUGAUGGCACUGGUUCACUUUCAAAUCUACAAAAAAAAAAAAAAAAAAAAAAAAAAAAAGUUCUCUUUUAGUGGGCCAAAUUCAUUACGUAUACAGUCUGUUGUAACAAAGGAGGUUUUUGAUAAAAUGCUACACCACAUUGCAUGUCUCAAUAGUGAAAGAGUGCAACCUUUCUCAAGACAGAAAUUCAUAUUCACAAAUGUUUAUUUUUUAUUUUUAUUUUCCACUUGUGUUGUUUUUCUGCUCUCCGUUUUCUUGUACAAAUUGCUCACAUUUAUUUGUUUUUCUAUGUUAAUUAUUUUUCUUCUGGGAAAAGAAAUGUUUACUGGUCUUGUAAAUAAUGUCUGUUUUACAUUUUGUUACACUCUCAAUGUAUAUAGUUUGCUGGAUAUGUGCCAUGGGAAAUGACCAUGUAUUCAUUUUUAA